GAAGGUGAAGCAGAGAGAGAAGAAGAGAAGGAGGAUGAAAACGCAGCCAAUGGUGAGGGGGCCGAGCACGACGAAGGCGAGCAGGAGGCUGCGGGGAGCCCAGCAGAAGAAGGAACCCCGUCAGGGCAGGAGGAGGCGCCGGCGGAGGCCGCGGAAGGGCCAGGCGAUGCCCCAAGCCCCGUGGAUGGAGAGACAAAGGCAGAAGACGAGAAAGAUGCAGGGGAGCAAGAAGGCGAAAACGGGGAAUCAGAAGCGGCGUCCAAGAAAUCGGAUACUAAGUCCCCGGAGGAAGAGGACGACCAGGAAGCUGCCUACUCGCGCGACGAGUUCGAAGAAGACGACGGAGGAGAGACGGAGCGCGCGGGCAGCGACGAGGACGGCGAAGACGGCGAGGGCGGCGGUGAGGAGGAACGCCGGCAGGCGAGGAGGCCGCGCCGCCAGCGCCAGCUCUCCGCGGCGGAGGACGAGGGGCGGAAGGGAGCGGGAGAGGAGAGGAAGCGGAGACGAGGGGACGGCAAGAGGGAGGGUUGGGGAGGGGGGUGCGGACACAGCGGCUGCUGGAAGGACGGACGGACUACGGACGGAUCGGCGGUGACGCUGCACAACGGGAACGGGCGGAGAUGCGUGACGCUGGAGCGACGGAAUCGGCCGCACGUCGUCGGUCGAGUGAGCCGCACGUGUGGGCGGACUCGGGCUUUCGAGCGUCGGCGCGGCAGGGACGUUUGCAUCGGGGUCGGCUGCGCGCGGCGCCCCUCGGGAUCCGCGGGCGCGCCCGCCUGCGGCCCCGGUCGCCGCGCCGCCCUAUGCCUGCAGGCGGCGGCCCCGGCGACGCGCGCCCCGAGCUCUCCUCCGCCUCCGUCACGCAGGCCGUGCAGCACAGCGUGCGCAACAGCUGCUGGAGCUGAAGCGGCUGCAGAUCCGCGCAGGGCGCGCCAACGAGCACGUGCUGGUGAAGCGGCUGGUGGACGAGCACCGGCGCGCGGGGCCUCCGCUCGGCACGCGAGCCUACGAGGGCCCCUACACCUUCCGCGGGUUCGAGAAUCGGCGGAGCGGCGUAUGGUGCCGCGCCUGCAGUCGCACGACGACCUGGAGAAGCUGCAGGCGGCGCUGCGGCGUGCGCGUCUCAACAACGUCAUCAACGACGUGCCCGACAACCCGGUGCUGUGCACGCACGGCACCCACCGCUGCCACCACGCCGCGCACGCCUACACGGGCGUCCCCUGCGCCGCCUACAUAACCAAAGGCCAGCACCCCCACACUCGGCGCGGGGGCGCUGGGGGCGCGGGCGGCCGCGCGAGCAGCGACCCUGCCGGCGGAUUCCUGCCCCGGAUCGACCUGGGGUCAGCAGGGCCCGGCCGCUCGCUGCGCUACGUCGACCCCGCGCGCCCCGUCACCCUGGAGCUCAGCCACGGCAGGGACAAGCAAGUGAUAUCCUUACCCACCGACAAACUCGACCGCAACAAGCGCUACUAUGUGACCUUCACCAUUAAGGGAGGGGGAGGCAGUGCUGGAACCGGUCGCAAAGACCCCCUCAAGAAAGACUCGGGGAAAGGCGACGCAGACGAAGACCAACCAGCUCCUCAAAAAGGACUUCGUCACCACCACGCGGAGAGCCUGUAAUGCAACGCUCGUAACGUCGAUACUCUGAACGAUAUUGCCGGACUUCAUCGCAUGUUGAGUAAUGAUGUCUACGAAUCUCAUCGUUGAAUCCCAAACUCCCUUUAGUGGUGUGAUAUUUCGUUGAAACGUACUGGUGUCCCUCACCACUAAUCGAGUUCGAUGUAAUCGAAUACUGCUUGAAGCAUUUCUGUUUUUACUCCGUCCAUUCAAGUGCCGCGAACAGAAAAAACUGGUGAUAUUCAAGAAAUAUAUGGUGUUUUUAUUAAAUGAAUUACAUUUUUUAAAGUGAAUUACUAUUUCAGAUUUUAUAGAAGUAUCUUCCCGUAUCUCCUUCACUUACAUAUUUCUAUGGCUAAGUGAAUCCUUGAGAUAUGCUUCAGAGAAACUACAACAAAUGUCUGUAAUCAACCAAGUCUUCGCAAACAUGCACUGCAUUUAACAGUUGUACAACAAAACAGUAUGACUGCUGGGCAUACAAGUGCCCCUUUUGAGGGGAGAUCAGAAACUAAGUUUACAAAGUCGAUAUUAAUGGAGUUUUAUCUGUUUUAGAGACAUGUAUAGUGGGCGAUAAUUCUAAUACGUGCGGUCAGCAACUGUGCAGAGUUUCAGCCACCUGCCACGUACAGGGCUAGUUGUAGGGUAACACAAAUGACGUCGCGUUUAGAAAAAUGGUCUCGCUAAGAAAACUGCUUCAUUAUUCGUUUUCUGAGGGCGAAACACGUAGCCCCAACUGAAAUUCAUCCGCAGUUGAAAGAGGUGUACGGAGAGUCAGCAUCCUUAAUGACAGCGCAUGACGUCACGUAGCUCAGAAGUCUACCACGCUGUUGAAGCCGUUUCGCUUGGACACCAUCGACCUCCCUUCCUCUAGCUCGCUACUCGCUCUAAGCGCCCUUCACAUUAUUCCUCACUUGAAAGAGUUCCUAGGGGGCCAAAGAUUUACUUUUGACGAGAAGGUAAAAUACGUGGAAAAACACACAAGAGUAUGAUUUUUACCAGCAGGGAACAUGUAAACAUCCCACGAAACCAGUGUAUCGACAGAUAUGGAGACCAUAUCGAAAAAUAACCUAAUAUAUGUGCAAUAAAUUUGCUGUAUUGGAUGUAUGUAAUAAAACAUGUACAUGUUUAACUGCAGGCUUUGUAACCUUAGUUUCUGAUCAUUCCUUAUAUAACAAUAUCCUUCGCCUAUAAUAAAAUUAUGCUUCAACGGAAAGGGUACAAGCUGUGCAGGGGUGGAUUGACGGCCUUGUAAUAAUGAAUGUAAACUUAAAUGGCGGCUCAGAUGAUCCAACCUGUGCGAAGGCUUCAAGUAAUUAAGGAUACGAGGGAAGAGUAUUAGGACGAUAGUCAUAUUUGUGAUUCUGAAACAGCUGAUUUGGCUGCUGAACGUAUACAAACAAGAUAGCUUGACAACAUGAUGAUAGCUACCCGACAUCGAGUUGUCAUCGAUUAUUUAGAUAUAAUUUUCAAUAGUAUAUCACUGUGUUGCAAUAUUCUUUCUAAAGCCAAAAGCGAUGAAAUACUAAGUACCUCUCUUUUCUUUCUGGUCCAUCGUUGUUAGUAGGUAGCGAUUUGUCAAAAAUCAGGUUGUAAAACGAUAGGAGUGUCAGUAAACUCCAUCCAUAUUUCUACCAUCUGUGAAUUUUAAAUUAGCUGGUCAGUCUCGUGAUCACUCUGAACGAUUAUGAUUUGAUGGUAUUGGAAUGAGAAAUAAUUAUGUGAGUCGCCAUUGCCAACAAUUUUGUCGACUCAUACAAUUAUUUCAUUGUAAAUGCCAACGAAAACUCACUACAAUUCCAAUAUAGA